CGUGCGAUCUGAGAAAAGAAUCAUGUGUUUGCGCCCAAAUUGGCAGGAGCGGUCCACGUCCGCAGGCCGGCCGCGUCCGGUGGUCUCUGAUUCGAUCUCUUCCCCAUAAACCGAUCGCGGGCCGAAACCCUAAUCCCGAUUCACUCGGGUUUUGAUACACACGAAGAAACCAAUUAGGAGGGAGGGAGAGAUGACGAAGUCGGCGACGGAUAAAAGGAGGGUUCGGAGAGUCCCACAAAAUGGGGGAAGAGAUCCUUCCGAUCCCCCAUCCAAGACAUCUUCGAGUAAAGAUGUUUUUCAGCUAUUUGCUGAGAAGGUUAGAGACAAUAAGAAGCUAGAAUCAAGAUGGGCUAUCAUGCAAGAAACAAGAGUUGAGUACUUUAGAGGGAAAGACAUUACCGUCUUUUUGAGAAAUCAUCCAGAGGUUAAGCAAAUCCUAGAUUCAGAUAAGGAUUUAGAGGUGGAGGAUAUUGUUAAUACCUUAUUAAUGAAGAACCUUUUGGUAAGAUGUGACCGUGUGGUUAAAACUAUUAGGCCUGGGAAGAAAAAGUUAUCCUCAUGGCCAGCUCAUCUGCAGAUACAUUCUGAGCAAGUAUUCUCUGAAAAUGAUGGUUUUUUUGCAUGGACUUUUAUGAAAAGGCGGACUCUAUGGCAGACAAUUCUUUCAUUCCUUUGGCCGCUGGUUGCACUUGCUGUGUGCUUGUUUCCUGUUUACCCUUACCAGUGCAAGAUUGUUGUUCUCUACUCCUGUGCUGGAGCUCUAUUAUUCUUGGUCACCCUUCUUUUAUUGAGAGGAGCAAUCUUUGGUUUUCUCUAUGUCGUAUUGGGAAAACGCAUUUGGUUUUUCCCCAAUAUCAAUGCUGAGGAAACAACAUUUAGGGAGUUGAUUCGGUUUUGGCCUAAGAAGGAUGAAGAAGAACCCCCAAAGUGGACAUCCAGGCUUACAUAUGCUGUUGCAGCUGUGCUAUUCAUAUUGUUGCUUAGGCAUCACGCUCCUGAUGAGGCUGCAAGAGCUAGAUACCAAAAGAAGGUUUACAAUAUCAUUGAUGAUGUUCUUGAGUGGUCUCCAAAAUUGGCAUUGUCUGGGAUGAUGGAGAAGCAACACCCUGUGGAUAAUGCAACAGACAUAAAUUAUACACAGGACGAGAGCCAAGCAGCCAAUGCUGAAGAAUUAACUGAUGAUAAUGUGAUGGGGAAUAUUAGUUCAUCUGGCACUGAUGAUCAUGAUGCUGGUGAAGUAGAGACCUAGAAUGAGCUGAAGAUUCAUAAGAUGUAACAGCAGACAUUUGAACCCUCGUGUCAUUUUUUUGGAUGCUGAAUCAUGUCGGUAAAUAGGACUGAGUGUGGUUUCCUCUGUGAUGAGUAUCUUGUCAUCCAGAAUAGAAUACUAAUUUGUCAUUCAAGGAUCAUUGAAGUUGCAUGUCAAGCUGAAGGUGUCUCCAAGAAAUACGUGCUGCCAAAGUGGCAUUUCAUGUAACAUGGAAUGUGAUAUGUAUGUGGAAUAGGAUUCAUGCUUUUUUGUUGAGACCAUGGGACCCGCGGCUUCAAUGGAAUUAAGGAUUUGAUGAGUA